AUAUUGGAUGAUUUUUUUAUGACGAACCUUCUCCAGCUUCUUCAUGCAAGAAAUCUAUACGUUCUACGAUUGCAUUUUAUAGGUUGAACUGUAGUACUAGAUUGACAUAUAAUUUUGAUUUAUUUUACUGCCACAUUUAUACGCGUCGAAAGGUGUAACACCGCCCAUGAAUAUCGAUAGUUGAAUAAAAUUGCAGCGAACUCUCUAACCAGCUUUGAUUUAAUAAAAUUCUAGAAAUAAUCUAUUAUUUUUUUAUCAUACAGCUGACUAUCUGCUAUCUGACACACUCGCAUACUUCCAGAUACAUUUCGGCCCAACCUGGCAAAGCGUAAACAAGAGCUGUUGAGGUACCUGAAGCCGUUCAAACGACCCGAACAACCGCAGCGGAAAGUUUCGGUUGAAGGAUUUUCCUUUCCAGUGUACACCUCGGACGAGGUGGAACGACUAGAGGAAGCUGUCCGCUCAUCCAGAAAUAUACGCCGCCAGUACGUAGCCUAUCUGACCGAGCGGAAACCUCGCCACAUGGACAUUGUAGAAUGUUUCGGCAAGUUCUUCACCGAUGAAGCGAUGGCUCCGUAUGCGUGGAAUGGGUACAAGAAUCCAAAGUUUCCACGCAAGGCAAUGAAAACUAUGGACAUCUUCUCCUACUGUAUGCUUGAGGCUUGGCACCGACAUGGAGUUACUUCGAUGGACAUCCUCUCGGACAUCAUGACCAAGGUGAUUACGAAGAUUGCCGGUCGUCGGCGGUCCAACAAUUACAACCAACGGAAGCGCAUCCAGCAGUUUUGUGACAAACAUAAUGAAUAAAUGUUCAAUGCAUUGUUUGGAAAUUAGUUUUUUUAUUACUUUUACAGAGGCUGUAUUUAACAUUAGGAAAAAUAUUUUGCAGAUUAAAUGAAUACCGUUUCGUUCCAGAUGUGGUAGUUAUCAAGGAGGACUUGCAAGAGGCUUCUUCCACGGGAGUGACCGGGUUCAGCUUUCCAUUGUUCUGCGAGGAAGACGUCGAUCGACUCGAGGCUGCAGUCAAGAUGGAUCCUAUGGUUCGCCGGCAAUAUAUAAAACAUUUGAAAUCCCUAGGAGAGUAUCAACCCAGUUUGUUUGCGAAGUAUGUGAGUGAACUAUUCAGUGAUCUCUCGCUUUACAACUACUGCGUUACAGUAGACGGGGAUGGACAUACGAAUAAGAAGGAUAUGGUUGGAUACGACAUUUUCACGCACUGUUUGCUUGAAGCCUGGGUGCCACAAGGUCUAACGAUUUCCAAACUGACCGAGCUAUUGAAAUCGGUGACAGUUAGCCUCAGCGAGAGACGGCAAUUGUCCAACCGGAACCGCCGAAAACGAUCGGAACUCAUUCAGAAGUGGCUCCUAAAGAAGAAUCAAAAACAGAAAUCUUAAAAUUGCAGUGCUCAAUAAAAGUUUGUGAAAAGAAUGAAUUGUUUUAAAUUUUUAUUCUCUCUGACAUGCAGUACUAGAAUACUGAAUCAGAAAUCUAGUAACUCGAAAAUAUUUUAACGUUACAGCGAAAUCUAUACCCACUGGAGCUACGUCACAUAAGGAUUUUGAACAAUUGAAGCUAGAACUGGCGCAACUGGAUGUCCUUUUUGUUGGAAAUAAAAACACAGGCGAGGCUUUGUUCUCCAAACCCAGGCACUGACUGAUAUCGCUACCAGCUCAGUGCCUCUCCUUUAUUCAAUCUAGGUAUAACAUAUUUACAAUUUAUUUCCAUUUACCUACCAGUUGAUACCUAGCUCUCCACUGAGCUGUGUGAUGCACCUCCAAGGAUGUACCUACCAUUCAACACUCCUCCUCAUCACACACUCUCAGAUCCGACGCGUCCCGAGCUACACCUGGCCACGUACUCCUCCAGCCUACCGAGCUCCUCCUUAGCAACCAAGCUACCAGACUCCUCCUGGCUCCAAGCAGACUCUGCUACCAGGCUCCGGCUCCAAGCUACGUCUGCUACUAAAAAGGCUAUCAAGCUCCUCCUGGCUCGAAGCGUCUUCCGCCUCAAGUACCUUCUGCCAUCCAGCUCCAGCGUCCAUCGAUCAGCCAGCACCCGCUGCCUCUUGGUUCCAGCGCAGGUCCCACACGGCUAUCAAUCCUCAUCGAGUGUUGGUCCCCUCACCGCAUCUUGGUGUCUCAACGAAUAUUGGCACCAGGCCUCAUCGCAUCUUGACACCUCAUCGGGUAUUGGCCUCCUCAUCGUAUCUUGGAUACCGUAUCUCGGUCUCCUCGCUUCCCGAACCACCACCAGGGCGUCCCUGUGCCCAUAACCUGUUGGAAAUAAAAACACAGGCGAGGCUUUGUGUUUCCGAACCCAGGCACUGACUGAUAUCGCUACCAGCUCAUGUGCCUCUCCUUUAUUCAAUCUAGGUAUAACAUAUUUACAAUUUAUUUCCAUUUACCUACCAGUUGAUACCUAGCUCUCCACUGAGCUGUGUGAUGCACCUCCAAGGAUGUACCUACCAUUCAACACUUUUUAGUCAACGCCGGGAGACAAAAAAUAACGCAAGUGGACGGUCGAUGGUGGAUGGUUUUGUGUUUCCACUGACAACGGAAGCCAAUGUGGAAAGGCUGGAAGCGGCAGUGGACUCGAGUGCCACCAUAAAGAGACAAUAUAUUCAACUGUUAAAAGCCAAAAAACCGAAACAUAUAGAUCUGGUGGAUUGCUUCCCAAUGAUUUUCGGUUCAAGCUCUAUAGAAGCCUAUACCUGGAGUGGAUGUCGGAUAUCAAAAUUUCCAAAGAAAGCGAUGAAAAAUUACUCUAUUUUCAACGGAUGCAUGCUAGCUGCUUGGGAAUCACAGGAAAUGGACAUCAAAAUGCUGGAGGAGAACAUCAAACAAGCUAUUCAUCGCAUUCGACGGCGCCGGUUGGCAAAAAUUUUAUAAGAUAAGAAAAAAUCCACCUCUGAAAUGUGAUAUUUUGUCGAAUAAAAUCCAUUGAAAUCCAAUGCAAUGUGUGUCGCAUUUGAAUGAUAAUUUUUAGUCGAAUCAGAGAUCACCUAACCUUGUUCAUUGCUUGUUACAGAUGUGUUCUAUAUAGCUGAAACCCGUAGCCCUCGAACCAAAAAGGGGGAAAUCCGGUUGAAUAGGCGAUCUUUCAAAUUUGCGGUAAAUGAUGACGACGAAUCGAACGAUGAAGCUGAAAAUCCUAUGUUCCGAUCCGUGCCUGGGUUCAGAUUUCCGCUGAAAACAGCCGAAGAUAUUGAAGAUCUCGAACGCAGCGUUCGCGCAAGCGCCACCAUUCGACGACAAUAUAUUGAACUGCUACGGAAAGCACGUCGACUGGUCGAGAAACCAUCGUUCGCCUUCCUGAAACUGUUCAGCGACGCGUCACUGCUGGACUACAACUACAGCGGGCGAUGCAACUUUUCCGGAACACAGAAAAAAGCAAUGAAGGAUUACAAAAUUUUCGCUGAGUGCAUUGUUGAAGCUUGGGGUGGAGAAUACUACUCGAUAGAAGAGCUUCGACAGUAUUUAUGCAAUGCGAUCACGUUGGUUAACAAUAGAAAACGAGGGGCUCGCUUCCGCAAGAACCAGCGAAGUACUAGAGGAGACAAGAAAUGACACCGCGGAUGAAAGCUGUGCUACCCUUUCUUUUUCGUUUUUUUACUCGAGAAUUAAAAACUUUUUAAUAUUAUUCUUCAUUUGGAAUAUUAUUGUGUAACGAAUGGUUUAGUGGAAGAACAAUUUUUCAAAUAUCAAUCAAAACGUACAAGAAUUCUUCCAAAUUUGAAUCGAUAUUUUCUUUUAUAAUGUGACUGUACACAAUCUAGUACUACAAAUUUUUGUUAAGGCUCAAUUAAACUCAUUAAUUUUUGCAACGAAUAAUCACUGCCCUAUAAGAUUGCAUCGCAGUUGAUUUGCUCAAAAAUCGAAAUAAUAAAUUCAACUCUUUUCAGCAUGGCGUUUGCGCCUUAAAAACCCAAAUAUCAGCCGCAGCGAUACCAAGGCACUGUUGGCCGCAGCUAUGGAGCACACUGGUGUACCGGGAUUCCGGUUUCCGAUCCGAUCUGAGGGCGAAAUCGAACGGCUAGAAGUUGCCGUCCGUAGUGACAUGUACAAAUGGGACAAUUAUAUUGCAUUCCUGCGAGAUUUGAGGGCCAAUGAUCUCCACACACCAAUACGAUGCAUUUUUCAGUCGGUGUUCUACGAUGAAGCUCUAGCCAACUAUAAUUAUAAUGGAAUUAGUACUGCGCCGGGCGUUCAGAAGCGAGCAAUGAAAAGUUACGCCAUCUUUAGGGACUGCUUCGCUGUGGCCUGGCGAGAAUUUGGAAUCACCGACGAUAUGAUUCGUGCCAUGUUGACAGAAAUAAUUAAAAAUAUCAACAGACGAAAACGAAAUCGACAGUAUAAAAAUCGGAUACAGAAGAAAAAGAGGCUGCAAAACUCGUUUGGCACAAUCACCAUCUCAAACGUCCGUUGGAUUGUAAAGCCAAAAAAGAAAUCUGCCCUUAGUGCAGCGCAGCGCAGGUCCUCCGAACAUGUCCGUCAGCCGGAUUCGAUGAUAGUCUCCAAAGUAGCGGAAAACAUUCCAGGAUUCCGAUUUCCCAUUGAAUCUGACAACGACAUUGAGCGCUUGGAAGAAACCGUUCGCAGUUGCGCUCUUACACGUAGGAGAUACAUCAAUCGCCUUCGGCAGAUCAAGGAUUCGAGCGAAAAUGCAUCCAUCGAAAGCAUCUUCAAGUUGUUCUUUUACGACGAGAGUCUCACCGAGUACAAUUAUAGUGGAUUCAGCAGUCGUCGGGCCAAUAAACGGGCGAUGAAGAACUACGACAUUUUCACGAGCUGCUUCUUGGAAGCCUGGAUGGAUCACGGAGUUACGGAAGAUGAAGUCCGUCAAAUGUUGUGCAAGGUGAUUCGCAACGUACACGGUCGGGAACGAUUCCGUCGCUACCAAAACCGGAAGCGAGAACGGGAACUGACUGAAAGUUGUAUUUAUUCGGAUGAAGAUGAUUUCUAAUAAAGAUUGACCGAUACAAUUACUAGAUUUCUUCUAUGCACAGCUUAGCCACACGUUAUGGAUAACUCAGGAAGAAUGUGCUAAUAGUUCGAAAUAUUUUUGUUCCAGCAAUCAAACCUGGAGCCCCUACCACAAAACUUUUGUUUCCGCUAACCGAUCCGCAUGCCGUCAUUCAACUGGAGGAUUUUGUUCGGAUAGAUCCCAACAUGAGACGCAAAUAUAUAAAAUUUCUGCGCCGCAUCAAAACACCACGACAAAGCCUUGAAGAUACGUUUGGUAAAAUCUGCACCGACCAAGCCAUCUUCCGUCACUUUAACUGGACGUCCAACAAGUCCUCCCAAUCUAUGACGCAGCGAGAAUCACUGCAGCAUUAUUGGAUAUUCACAGAUUGUUUGUUUGAGGCUUGGAGCAGUCACGGAUUUACCAUGGAAACGUUGAAAUCAAAAAUGGCAAGCGUUAUCAAACGCAUCUAUGUUCGCAACAACGUGCGCAAUUUUCGAGCUAGGUCUAAGAUUGUAGAGCUUUGAAGAUUCUUCGGAUAUGAAUAAAUGUAGAAAAACGAUAUUUCCACUUUUGAAACUAAUUCUGAGACUUAUCAUUAAUCAUUCUAGAAAGUAACUUUUUGCUUAAUUUCAUGGUAUGGAAUCAGCUGAUCCGCCCCAGAGAAUUUCACAUCUUGGAGUUACAUCGCUCUUCACCGCUGGGUUUAACUUUCCUAUACGAUCGGAACAAGCAAUAGAGGAGCUCGAAGCGUCCGUUCGAUGUAACGAAAAAUCCAGGAAGCAAUAUGUAAGGUUGAUAUGCUUUGGAUAGAAAAAAGAAAUAAUGCUCGAUUGUGCGUAACUUUUGCACAUUUUUCAGAUUAAGUUCCUACGCUCGAAACUGACAGACGAUCAAAGCGUUUUCACCGUGUUUCAACACAUCUUUACCUACCAAUCUCUGGUCGGAUACUGCUGGACGAAGCGUUCCAACUUGGAAAGGAAAUCCAUGAGAGAUUAUGAAAUCUUCACUAGUUGCAUGUUGGAUGCCUGGCUGUGCAAGGGUGUAACGGAGGAAUCUCUAGCCGAGCACAUCCGUCACGUGAUCAGAAACGUAAAUAUUUCAAAACGGAAGUUGAAAAUUCGACUAAGGAAACGAUAUUCUAGUACUUCAUUUAGUAAUUGAACCAGUACUGUUUAUUUGGAAGUGUUGGAGAAGCCAAACAAUAAAUGAUCCUUUCAAAAUAA